GGAAGACAGGAAAAGCAGCACAAGUGGGGGGUUUCCUACACACGGCAAGCCGGGGAAGCUUUUAAGUGACUUAGUUUUGUAAUUGUCCCAAUGGCCUUCUGUCCCCUUGUUCCUCACUGGAACACUGGUAAAGCUGCGAGACGAGGCUAGAGCUAGAUGUUGAGAGCCUCACACACACACUCUCUCACACACAUUUUGACAUGCUCUGUUCGGACGGGACGCUGAGGAGGUAUGUUAGCAGUAUGAAGGAGGAACACACAGCAUCUAGAGUAAGUUUCUGACACUGGAAGUAUAGAGGCAUGGAUCUCUCACCAGAAUAGGAGACAAAAAACUUUCAACCACAUGACAUGGACCAGUCCCACAGUGCCCCCUUCAGCUCAGAGAAUGAGGCUCAGGGAGGUGACCCUGCUGCGUGGCAGUGCACCCCUCCCCCAUCUACCUCACCUUCAGGGGAGACGCCGGCCCACCCUCCUCCCUCCCAGCCCACGUCCAGACCCCACUCCAGGCCAGCCAGCCAAUGCCCCUCCCCUCCCUCCGCCCUGACAGGAAACAAGAAGAGGAGCUCCAAACCGGCACGUAUGAGACGCAACAUCAGGAAGUUACUGAGGGAGCAUCAGUUGGAGGCAGUGACCAAAGCCGUCCAGCAGGAGGAGUUGGAGAGGAGGCGACGUCUGGAGAAGCAUAGAAAACAGGAUUUCCCCGUGCCACUGCUGCCUGAAUACAGAAUCGGUGAUGUGACAAAGCAUUUGUCAUCAUCAUCUGCAUCAGCGGCAUCACAGCAAGAAGUGAAGUUGGUCAGACAGGAAGUGAUCUGCCUGGACUCCAGCAGCACUGGCAUCAGCAAGGACGACAGCAAGACUAACGUAUUCAUCUCUGCUACCACAGAGCACACAGACAAAACAGAUGUGAUUGAUCUGAGCUCGGGCGAGGACGACACCAUCGUCCAUAUCAGCAGUGAGUCCACCAACGAGGAAGAAGAGAGCGAGCUGAGCGGUGUGCAUGCCAACGACGCCCUUAACCAACCGGACACCCAGGGCAGGGUACUGGUCAACUUGAACCAUCCAGAUGCAGAGAAGGACAUUUUCCUGUUGCCUCAGCUGGCGCGAGCAGUCAAACCUCACCAGAUCGGUGGAAUCCGCUUCCUGUAUGACAACCUGGUGGAGUCGGUGGAGAGGUUUGGCAGCAGCAACGGAUUCGGCUGUAUUCUCGCUCACAGCAUGGGCCUGGGCAAAACGCUGCAGGUCAUCUCCUUCAUUGAAGUCCUGUUCAGACAAACCCAGGCUCACACUGUGCUCACCAUCGUACCUGUAAGCACCUGUGCUUUUAAUGUGAACACGUUGCAGAACUGGUUGUCAGAGUUCAACAUGUGGGUCCCACCCCUGGAGGCGUUACCUCCAGAUACCAACCCAGGACUGGUGAUGCCUCGUACCUUUAAGGUUCACAUCCUCAACGACGAACACAAGUACAUAUGUGGACAUGUCUGGAACACAACGACCAGGGCCAAGGUGGUGGAGGACUGGGCACGAGAAGGAGGGGUGCUGCUGAUGGGCUAUGAGAUGUACCGCCUCCUGUCACUGAAGAAGAGCUUUGUGGCUGGAAGGAAGAAGAAGAGCAAGAAAACAACGGGACCUGUUGUCAUUGACCUGGAUGAAGAAGACAGGCAGCAGAAACUGCUCAAAGGUAUAGAGAGAGCCUUAGCCCGGCCUGGUCCAGACGUGGUGAUCUGUGACGAAGGCCAUCGCAUCAAGAACUGCCAUGCCAGCACGUCGCAGGCUCUGAAGAACAUCCGAACCCGACGACGCCUGGUGCUGACCGGCUAUCCGCUCCAAAACAACUUGAUUGAGUACUGGUGCAUGGUCGACUUUGUCCGACCCAACUUCCUAGGUACGCGCCAGGAGUUCAGUAACAUGUUUGAGCGUCCCAUUCUGAACGGGCAGUGUGUGGACAGCACACCUCAGGACAUCCAGCUGAUGAGGUACAGGAGCCACGUCCUGCACAGCCUGCUGGAGGGCUUCGUGCAGAGACGAGGUCAUGACGUCCUGAAGGACCAGCUGCCCCCUAAAGAGGAACAUGUGAUCCUGGUGCGUCUGUCUCCCCUCCAGAGGGCGCUCUACACAGAGUUCAUGAACCGCUUCAGAGAGGCAGGAAACACUGGCUGGCUCAGCCUCAACCCACUGAAGGCUUUCUGCGUCUGCUGCAAGAUAUGGAACCAUUCAGACGUGCUGUACGAGGCCUUACAGAAGGAAAACCUGGCGAGUGACCAGGACUUAGACCUUGAUGACAUCACUUCCACAGGUCCCACCCGAUGUGGAACUUCACCUAAUCAAAAGUCUAAGCCCCUGGAAAAUCCUAACCCCAUUGGUGGACUGAGUCUCAACCAACUGCAGGAGAAAGCCAAUCAAGUCAUCACUUACGAAUGGGCAAAGGACAUCAUGUGUGACUACAAGCCUGGCAUCUUAGAGAACUCAGCAAAAAUGGUGCUGCUGUUCCACCUGAUAGAAGAAAGCAUCAAAAAGGGAGACAAACUCCUCAUCUUCAGUCAGAGUUUGUCCACACUAACAGUGAUCGAGGAUUUUAUGGCUAAGAGACCAGUGCCUCCAUCACCCAACGCGUCCAGCAGAGACAGACCUAACCAGAACUGGGUCCGCAACCACAACUACUACAGACUGGAUGGAAGUACAACAGCCUCAGAGAGAGAGAGACUGAUAAACCAGUUCAACGAUCCGUCCAACACCUCAGCAUGGGUCUUCCUGCUGUCAACCAGGGCAGGUUGUCUGGGCAUAAACCUGAUUGGGGCAAACCGUGUGGUGGUGUUCGACGCUUCCUGGAACCCGUGCCAUGAUGCCCAGGCAGUGUGCCGCGUCUACCGCUAUGGUCAGAGGAAGCCGUGUCAUAUCUACCGGCUGGUGUGCGACUUCACACUGGAGAAGAAGAUCUACGACCGCCAGAUCUCCAAACAAGGCAUGUCAGACCGGGUGGUGGAUGACUUGAACCCUGUGCUGACUUUCACCAGGAGGGAAGUGGAGUCUCUUCUUCACUUCGUGGAGGAGGAGCCGGACCCCUCCGAGGUCCAGCUGCAGCCCCAAGACAGCAUGGAGAGCGUCCUCAGGAAGGCAAUGCACUUCUAUCCUCACCUGAUUACUAAGCAACCGUUUCCCCACGAGUCACUGCUGAUAGACCGCAGGGAGCUGAAGCUGAGCAGAGCUGAGAAGAAAGCAGCAAAGAAGGGUUACCAAGAGGAGAAGAGGGCUUCUGUGCCAUACACCCGCCCUUCCUAUGCUCACUACUACCCUGCCAGUGACCAGAGCCUCACCAACAUCCCCGCCUUCAGUCAGAGAAACUGGCGCCCACCUCCUCGUACUGAAGAGAAGCCAGUGGCCAGUGUCCAGUCAACUCCAGUUCCCAUAAUACCCCGACAAGCAUCUGCAGGCACUGCCAAAGGUGACGAUUCAUCAGGAUCCUGUCUCGGAGGUUUCCCCGUCAACUGCCUACAAAAAGCUGGGGUGUUUGUACAAAGGAUUGUCACCACUACUGACAUAGUGAUUCCAGGCACCAACAACUCAACAGAUGUCCAGGCCAGGAUCACCGCUGGAGAGAGCAUCCACGUCAUCAGGGGCACCAAAGGGACUUACAUCAGAACAUCUGAUGGUCGAAUUUUUGCCAUCAGAGCAGCUAAUAAGGCCAGGACUGCAGAGGAGAGCACUACAGCACCACCCAAAGACUCCCAGACCCCACCAGAGGAAGUGUCAGCCAAUGGCAGUAACGGUUGCCUGUCACCUGACAGGAAGCAGCAGGUACCCUCCAAGACUGCCCCCUGCCCUCUUUCACCUGAUGACCCAGAGAUCAUCAGGGAGUUGCAGCAUUACACAGGUGGCACAGGAGCUGGCAGCACUGCAGGCUCCAGAGCUCAACCAGAGAGGGCAGCAGAGAGCAACAUGAACAACCUGCCUUCCACCAAACUGGUUCAGACCAAUGGCAGCAGUGGGAGCAUUUUUGCUAGUGGAAAUAUGAGCCACCAUAAUUCCUCUGUGACUAAUGUAAUCAAGCCCAACAUGGACGCCACUGCCGCCAAAGACCUGAGAACAGGCUCCAAGCGCAAAGCCUCCACCCCGUCCCUGGAUGAGUGGCCCAGUGAGCAGCCCCCUGCAGGAAAGCACUCCUCAGCCCCUCUGGCCUCACAAGGCUUCCCCUUCACUGGGGGCUAUGGCCUCCCUUCUCUGGGCCUCAACCCCACCAUGUUGGGUGGGUCACUUGGGCACCCACUCUUCAUGGGGGCAGGCUCGCCUUACUUCCAUCCCCCCCACACUCAACUUGGGGAUCCCACUUACAUGUACCCUGAUCUGUGUAGUUUUGGCAGAGCCAGCGCAGUCCCCACCUCCUCCUCCUCCUUGACGACAACCACUGCUACUACUGUCUUAUCUUCUUCAUCAUCGUCAUCUUCUGCAUCAGUCAAAGCUGCCAGUUCGGUUCCAGGAGCCCUGCCGCUGUUCAUGCUGAGCCCCAGCAUGGCGGGCAUGGCUGGGAUGCUCCCGCCAGGCUUCCCUCUCUCUUACAGUCAGUCUCUGGCUAGCCUCUACACAGGGUCGAUGCUGCCGGGUCCAGCUGCCACUCCUGGUCCAGCCGGAGCUAGCUUUCUCUCCCACUACCCUCCCACUGCCGCCUCCACUUCCUCCUCAUCUUCUCCUUCCUCCUUCUCUCCCUCAGCAUGGUCUGAGAGCCACAGGGGCCCGGUGCUGGUGAACAGUGGGAAUGUUAGCAGCACCAGCAGUUCAGAUGAUGACAAUGAUUUAAUUGAGGUGAAGGGGCAGUGAUACAUGAUGUGGUUGUUUGAGCAAGUUUGAUUCAAUUUAAUAAUGAUCAAAAUAGGAUGACAUCCUAUUUGCCAGGAUGCAUGCUUCAAAGAGCCUGUGGCCGAGGCCAUUAGGGAAAUGGACAAAAAAGGAAACGCAACUAAAGUGAUGACAACUGAGCCCCUGCUAAAGUGUUUCCUCUGUUCGUCUCUGCCUCUACCCAACAGUCUGAAUGGGGAUUGAACACAGACUGCACGCAGAGCAACAAAUCUUUAUGCUGAAUAUCAGAGGAUGAAACCUGAGGAAGAACAAAGCUUGAAAAUCAGAGGACUUUGGGCUUCCAAGUUUUUGUUCAAUACUGGCAUUGAAAUAAUCACUGGACUUAGUACUGCUGAGUGUGGGCCUGUUGUUACCACAAAUGGCCACUAGUUGUACUGUUGACAUUAGAGAUUAUAGUCAUGCACCUUUGCUAAAUGUCAAGACUUAUUUUUUUUCAGCUAAUUAAAAAGAUGAUGGUAGGGUGGUGUUGCUUAUAAAAGAUUUGAUAAUUAAGUUAGCUGGUAGUAAUGUUUGUUAAAUAUCAGUAAAUGGUAUUGUUUGUCACUUGUAGAAUAUUGCAACUGAAUUAUUCUUAAAAUGGCAAAAGAAAUGGUAAAAAGAUCAAACAGAACUUUUAGAAAGCAUUUUGAUUUAACUCUAUAAUUCACUGCCAGGACAGGGGUAUUGUAUGUUUAUGUUCUUGAAGAACAAAAAAAAAAACGGGAUCUUCUUUAAUUAUUGACGAAGCGUUUGAGCCUCAAUGAGAAUGAGGUUAAAGACAAUUACUGAAACCUUAAAACUCUAACGAAAGAAUGUAUGCUUAAUCAAAUGCCUUUAAACCAGGCCUUUUUGAAAAGACUCCUUCUAUUUAUGCAUCAGAUGUGGCACGAACUGAUUUUUCUUUUUUUGUGUAUUUUAUAUUUAUGUAAUCUUUUACUUUUUUAAAGAAAAUCGUUGCCUAAAAAACAUCAGGUUAAAAAUUACAAAAAACUGUUCUUGUGAGGUGUUCUCUUUGUAGCGGAGAAACAACCAACAGAAAAUGCCUUUUUCCUCCAUCUUUCUGAAUGUUAACUGUGAGAGAGGAGCGGUAAAGACGGCUGUCACUACGGCUCUCUGAAUCUCACCCACAGUCUCACUGUAGCCUAGCGAAAAACGAUGCAAAACACUCACUCAAGCCUAUAUAUGUAUUUGUACAACCCCAGAGGAAUUAAGCUCGCAACCCAGAGUUUUGGUUACGCUUGUGUCAUUACUGUGUUCGUAUCUGUGUGUUGUGUUCUUAAGGGGUACAAAAGGAAAAGAAAAUAAAAACUUGUGUUACUCUGUUUGGUAACUCGUUCUGACUAUGACUACUCUGUUUAUUUUUCUUUCUCAUUUUGUGAACAGAGGUCAUUGUGAAACCAAACUGAUUGUUUUGGAGAAAUAGUGUAGACUGGCCAAAAACGAGAAAUGCACAAGCACAUCAGAAACCUCCAUUUAAGAGGAUUGUUUAAGAGACUGAAUAAUGUUGUCAACAAUGUAGAGCAGAAUCAAAUCCACCACAGCAACAGUUCUCUCUACAGCUUCCUCACAGCCACAGUCGAGAAGUACAUAUUCAUCUCUCUGUAUGACCUUGCAGGUAACACUGUACUGCACUGUAAAAGAGACACAAAUCUGUAUAUGUCUGUAGGCUGGUUGAAAGCUGGGAAGGCUUCAUCAUGUGACCAGAUUAACCAUAAACCAUAAUUCUACUGUUCAAAUGAAUCCCCUCUGAUCACAAAAACUGAUCUAUGUUCGGCACUGUCCUUGUGUAGAAAAUCUUCUCCUCCAAAAUGGCUGCAGUAAGAGCUUUAAAACCCACCAGCUCUUUUGUUGAAAAUGAAACUCUUAACAUAAGUAGUCAAAUAAAGACUCAGCAGUUCCUGUUCUUUCUCUUCCAUGUAUGUGUUCUUCAUACUGCAAUUGUUAGUUUACUUAUGUUUCAUGUUUGUUCUCCUCUUUUUACAAUGUUUGAAUUUACCAAAUUUAUUUAUUUAUGACAUAGUGCAUAUUUAUUCAUUUGUAUUUUUAUUUUUGUACAAUGUUUUUUGUUUUCCUUUGUUGCUUUUCUUUAUCUUGUUUGUAAGAUUUUUAUGGUCAUAUUACUAUUGUUGUUACUACAGAUGGAAAACGCUUCAGUUUUUUAAAGUGACAACCUGCAAUCUGACCCAGCACAUGUGAACUUGUGCCGCUCUUGCAUGUGGACCAAACAAUUAGUGCGUUUCUGUGCACAUUAAUAGCCAGGAUAGAAUCUUUAAGAAGGAUCAAGUAUAUAUCAUAUCCCAUUUACGAUAACUGUAAUCAGCUCUUGAUUAUGAGAAACCCAAAAAAAGACAUCAGGGAUACAAUGACAUUAACUGUGAUACUGAGCUGUGUUAAAAAAACGUUUUCUUAUCUAUAUGAGCUCAGAUUCCUUCAUCAGAAUAGCCUGCCUGUUCACAAGUGGGAUACAAAUCUAAGUAGAGUGAGUAGAGUAAGCUCAUUCACAAGCAAUGGGUCAGAAACUGGGGCAGUCCAACCACACAUCAGCUGAAAAGAAAGAAAAUAAUGAAAUCAAGUGCUUCUCUUUCCUUUUUUCAGUUGCUCAUUACCAUAUCAUCAGAAAUGCCAAUCUGUGUCAUCCCUAUGAAAGCAAACAUGCACAUUUCCUCAACUAUUUGGUGGUCAGCUCAGUGUUUGUUGUGCUGACUGACUGCUCUUUUAUUUCACAGCUUUCUACUUGAAUUUACAUAUUUAUUUUUACAAAUCGAGCUGACUGUCUGAAUUCCAUUUUAGCCGAGGAGAAGAUUAAAGCUGCUGUCUUUGAUGAUUUGCUCUAGUCAAAGCCUGUUGUGUAGUUUAUCGAUGGAUAAUGUGUAUGACCUUGGAUUACUUUUAGACUUUUAGAUUUUUUUUGUUUUUUUUGGAAGUUUGUAAAUAAACAUGUUCUAAACAAUA